UUUCUUUGGAUAAAAAAAGAAAGGUAUCGUCAAUCAACUAUAUUAUUUAUAAAGCUAUUUUUUACUUAAAAAACUGCAUAAGGUGAGCACGAAAAGCAGUAAACGCAGAUAUUAAACGGUUCUGUAAAGAAGUGCCUGAGUUGCUAGGCGACUGUUCUGACGCCGGAAGUGCGUGGCUACGAAAGACAUGGCGAACGAGAGGGGAACGGCUGUGUCUGCUCCUUUUCAGUAUAUUUUACGAUAUUAUUCGGUAUUAAUCCUUGCUGUUUUAUCCUAUAAAUUCACUUUGGCUGCAGAGGACGAUGCAUUUCGUGCCGGACAGUCGAUAUUGUCUCCGGUGGCUGCAGCAUCACGGGAUGUUCGAUACCUCCUAUAUGACGUAAAUCCACCUGAGGGUUUCAAUCUUCGCCGAGAUGUGUACAUUCGCAUGGCCUCUUUGCUGAAGACACUGAGGAAAGAGGGCGACUGGGUGCUUGUGCUGCCUCCAUGGGGUCGUCUGUAUCACUGGCAGAGUCCUGAUAUACAUCAGGUUCGCAUCCCUUGGGGGGAAUUCUUCAGCAUAACCAGCCUGCAGGCUAACAUACCAGUCAUUGAGUAUGAGGAGUUUAUUGCUGAGUCUGGGGGUCCCUUCAUUGACCAGAUCCUUGUGCUACAGAGCUAUGCCGAGGGCUGGAUAGAUGGGAAAUGGGAGGAGAAAGUGGAUGAACGACCAUGCAUAGAAAAGCUGAUGUACUCAAAAGACAAACAGGGUUAUUAUAGAGGUUGGUUUUGGGGUUAUGAGGAGACCAGAGCAUUAAAUGUCACCUGCUUAUCUGCUCAGGGACAUGCUUCUAUCUUGGCUCCUGUCUUACAAAAUAACUUAACCACCACGUCAGUAAUGCUGGACAGAGCUGAAACUGUCCUCCAUGAUCACUAUGCUGGGAAGGACUACUGGGAUACACGGCGAAGUAUGGUGUUUGCCAAACACUUGCGUAUCAUAGGAGACGAGUUUAGGGCCAAGUAUCUCAACUCCACAGAUAAACAGGACCAGACUCCGUACAACGAAGACUGGACCCGAAUGAAAAACAGGCUGGGCAGUGCUAAGGGAGGCCCUUACCUGGGAGUCCACUUGCGUAGGAAGGACUUCAUCUGGGGGCACAGAGAAGAUGUGCCCAGCCUCAAAGGAGCAGUGAAGAAGAUCCGUAGUCUCAUGAAGAAGCACAAGCUUCAACAAGUCUUUGUUGCCACAGAUGCAGACGGAGAAGAGCUAGCUAAACUGAAAAGGAUGCUACCUGAGAUGGUACGAUACGAGCCCACCUGGGAGGACCUGGAGCUCCUGAAGGAUGGAGGGGUGGCCAUCAUAGACCAGUGGAUUUGUUCUCAUUCUAGGUAUUUCAUUGGGACAUCAGUUUCAACAUUCUCUUUCAGAAUACAUGAGGAAAGGGAGAUCCUAGGUUUCGAUCCUAAAACCACCUAUAACCGAUUCUGUGGCGAUGAUGAGAAAGAAUGUGAACAACCAACACACUGGAAAAUUGUCUACUGAUCACACAGAAAACUGUUUUAAUAAUGCUGGUUAUACAGACUGUAACUGAUUUCUCAGAUUAAAGAGGAUUUUCUAUAAUUUUUUUAUGUUUUUGCUGACUAUUUUGAAAAUACAAUCUUAGAAAGGAAUAGUUCGCCCAAAAAUGAAAUUUCAUGAAUAUUUACUCAUUUUCAAGUCAUCCGAGAUGUGGAAGAAUUUGUUUCUUCAUCAGAAAAGAUCAGGAAAAAAUAUAGCAUUAUUUCACGUGUUCACCAGUGGCUCCUCUGCAGUGAAUGGGUGCCGUCAGAAUAAAAGUCCAAAGAGCUGAUU